CUGAUUUUCCCUCUUGAGCAAGGAGGCAAAGCUUCGAAAAUGAAAAGGAGCAGCAGCCCUCCCCAGAGAACAUGUCCUUGACGCUCUUUCAACAGCGGACUUCACAACUAACGGAAGGACUGGGUCGUCGACUGCAAGGAAAGAAGGGAAUGAACGGAACAGAACCAUGAUAACAUUUUAGUCAUGCCAGUCUUUCAGGAAUACAGGAACGUCAAGUCGAAGAAAGAGUUUAGUUUAAUCUAGUUUAAUAGUCUGAGGAGAGAGAGGGAGAGAGAUAUGGGACAAGACAGGUUAAGGGAUUUGAAUAGGGUGGGUCCUUACGGGGUCCAGCAGAGAGAGAUGAUGAAGCAGCUGGACAAGGAAGAGGAGAGAGAAAGAGAGAGCGGCAUUGGUGUUCUUUGUGCCAUUUCCAAGACGCCGAUGCAGUCGUCUCCUUCUUCUUCAUGGCCCUCAAGAAGCUCCAACAGGACCAACACCACAACCCCUACCCCCAUACCUUCAUGGCUCCUCUCUUCCAUUGCAGAUCUAGAUGAAAAAAUGAAGGCUGCGCUCGGGAACACUGACGAGGAUGGAAGCGGCGAUACGCUGGCAAAACGCGCCGAAUCAUACUACCAGAAGCGCCCUCAGCUCAUCGCUCUGCUUCAGGAUUUGUACAAGUCCUAUCUCUACCUAUCUGAUCGUUACAUCCAAGCCCUCUCCAAAAACAAGAAUCACCCUCACUCCCGACAGUCCUCGCAUGUGUCCGCCCUAACCGACCACGACUACUCCGAGAACGACAAGGAAGAGGACUGCUGGACGGUCCAGAUCGAUUCCUCGGAUGCCGAGAGCUCGCUCUCGUACCAAAGUCUCCUUCCACUGGCCAAUCUUGGCAAUGUAGCGAGUCUCGAUGCAUUUGUAGCCGACCUUGUGGUCAAGAACGUGGAGUGCGACAUCCUCCUGAAUGAGGUCUCCAUCUCCGAGCAACGAUGCAACGACUCGUCGAGGAAGAUUGAGCUGCAGAAGAGCCUUCUUGAGGUCCUAGAGUCUGAGAGGAUGAUAUUGCUCCACGAGAACACAAGGUUGGGGUACAGAGUGAGCGCGCUAGUGGAGGAGAACCGCGAGCUGGUUUCGGAGUCGGUGUUUGUCAAGAGGAAGGCGGGCGAGUUGGCCCGGUGCAUGAUGAAGAUGAGGGAGGACCAGAGGGUGCUGCUGCUGAGCCGCAAGAUUGAGGACCUUCAGGGGCAGAUAUACGGAUUGGAGAAGCGGAACAAGGAGUACUACGAGCAGCUCGUGAAGAGGGGUCAAGAGGAUCAUAAGAUCGAUGCUAAGAAGAAGAAGAAUGACAGGGAAGUAACUUUGGAGUCUUGCCUUCCAAUUGGGAAGCUCAAGUUGAAGAAUAAUGGCAAUGAGAGCGUGAAGGGUGAUGGCGGGAAGAGGGUGACCAAGUGGUGGGAGAGGGUGAAGAACAUGGACAUAUUCAUGUGUGGGAUGCAGACAGAUAUUAGCUAAAGUCGAUGCUCACCUUUUGCUAUCUUUCUUCAGCUGAAGUAAGAUGAACUAUAGCAUUAUCUAUUGAAGAUGAACUAUAGCAUUAUCAAUA